AUGCCUUCCCCACCCAUUCGGUCAUGGUGGUCCUCGUCGGUUGAAUCUACACUGACAUGGCCGAGCCUCCGCCCCUACCAUCUCUUGGAGGCCCCUCUGACCUCGGUUAUUGACACGGACGACGAUUCCGAAUCUGUAAGGCUGAAUGCGGAUCCCUACUAUGCUUCAGUUCGUCUGCCAGUUCAUCUUCCCCCUCCCCGUGGGGCACUCGAUGAUCGAACCGAAAUGACGCAGCUUCUCGAACGGUUCAUCAAGUACAUUCACGCCAAGCAGCCCCUGGUCGACCCCGGACUUCUCUACAACCAGAUCUCGGUAGCGGAGGAGGAAGGGCUUGGCUGGGAUGCCCCCACAUGUCUGCUGGUAACUACUGCAAUCCCCAAGUGGCUCAGUGGCUGGAGUAUUUGCACGCCAUAUGACCACAGCAUGCUGGAGGAGUACUCGAAGCCGUCAAUAGACACGGAACAGUACCUGCGCAGCCGCGAGUACUUCGAUGCCGGCCUCAAAAGGCUUGGUUUCAUUAUGGGCCAUGCCAGCAUCGUCGGUGCACAGUGUUUCUUCCUGACUGCUGGUUACUACAUAACAACGUUCAGGCCACUCGCCUCAUGGAGAUGCUUGAACAACGCGAGUCUCAUGUGCAAAGAUGUAUUGACCAAGACCCUAGGUGAGUCAACUAUGAUUCAGGCGGUUCUGGGGAACACGAAUAAAAAGCCAGAUAAUGCACAUCGUAAAGUCUUCUGGAGUUGUCUCAAGACAGAGAGAGAAGUCGCCUCUGAACUGGGGCUUGAAAUUGCAAACGCUCAGCUGAUUCAGUAUGAGAACAUGUCAUCGCUUCUGCCAGAUCUAGAACCUUCAUGGUCAUCCUCUUCCGGCAUAGGUGGUGGUUCUGAUUCAUCGGCUGCACAACACGAGCAGAGCUGGAUGUACUACUUGACGGACAUUUCACUUCGGAAGUUGGAAAUCCGAAUCGAAUCAUUUUUCGCCACUCAACAGGCAGAGCAACACCAACCAGUCAACGAGGGUCGCGAGUCAUUCUACCGGGACAUUCUUAACACCCUGGCGGAUUUAGAUAAUCAGAUCAUGGUACAUUUCGCUAAUCUCCCGGCUUCCAUUACUAUUGAGACGGACGAGUCCGGCCAUUCCCCCGAUGACCUGCGAGAAUAUUUAAGGCUCCGAAUGAUCAUCAUUCGCCACACACUGAGUAGGCCUGCCCUCCACUUCAUUCUUCAUGGAGACCUCGACGGACUAUCCAUGUCACUACGAGCCCAGGCGACCGAGCUUGCAAAUAGAGCUCUCCAGAUCGACAGAUACCUUGUAACCCAUGGACUAACUACACAUCGCCAUCCCGGAACCUGGCUUGGUAUUCGCUACUGUACAUGUGCGGCUUUGGAGAUGAUAGCCACAGCAAAGAGUGGUAUACCGGGUCUAGACUGCCUUCCGGUCUGGGAACCCGGCAUGCAGAAAUUCAAGACUGCACUUGCGUAUUGGGGUGCUGAGAGUGCAGAUGCCAGGAUGUAUCUUGAGUGGAUUGUGCGCUUGGAAUCACCACCGUCUGAAACUGGAUAUGAGACUGGCGAUUCAACCAUGAAUGUUGGUUGA